CCUAAUGUCUAUCGCCGAAUGCCGCCGAUCACCCGCUGGUCCGCUGGCGGCGGUGACCUUGUUCGCGGCGCCGCGGACCGGUGCUCAACGCUCAACGGCCAAUCCUCACCCGGAGCAGUCUACGUGCUCUACUCGCUCCCCCAUCGCUGUCGGCUCAAUAACCGUCGACCGCGGCCAGUAGACUACACUACGAUACCAUACUCGUACAACAGUAGUGUCGGCUCCUCGUCGUCGGCGGUUACGCGUUUGGGCCGUUUUCGGUUCCGGAACAAUAUAAUAUAUAGGUUAUCGAUUUGCCGUUCGCCCACGCGCAUUCCGCCACCGCCUGAUCCGUUCUCUUAACUUCAUUAACUCAGUAUUGCUCUCUUCAUCCACAUUUGUUUUUUUUUUUUGUCAAAUAUUUUCGCGAAUCGUGAUCCUUAUUCCCUAUCUGUUGCGCGUGAUUUCGCACAAGUGCCUAUUGUUGUGCGGUUACGUUAUUACACGUUAUUUGCUGUUUAUUGUUAAUUAUUUGCGAUCGCGCCAGUACUAUACCUAAACAACUGUCAACCUUCGUGCGGACGAGUGCCUGAACACCGUUAUUUUAUCGCCAAGUGUUCUUUCAUUACACACGAAUUGUACCUGUCCACCUGUAUUGUUGGUUUUCCUGACGACCGCAGUCUUCCGUUAUUAUGUGGUCGAAAAUAUUUAAAGCCAGUAAUCACGGACUCGUCCGUGGUGUGGCCAUAUAUUCGGUUACCUGGCCGGUGAGCAGUUUAAUACAACAGACGCUUCAGCCGUCUGGAAACAAAACCAUUGAUUUACAACGAGCGGCAAAGUUCAGUGUGUAUGGUGGACUUUUUGUAGCACCCACUUUGUACGCGUGGAUGAGAUUUGCCAGUUAUGUGUGGCCUUCAAUGACAAUUACUAGUCAUAUAACUAAGGCAGUUGUUGAACAAUUUUCAUAUGGUCCAUUUGCAAUGGCUAGUUUUUUUUUCUUCAUGACACUUUUGGAUGGAGGUACAAUAGAAGAUGCUAAAAUGGAAGUUAAAGAAAAAUUUGUCUCUACAUGGAAGAUUGCUGUAAUGGUUUGGCCGGUAUUACAAACAAUAAAUUAUUGUGUAAUUCCUCCAAAAAAUCGUUUGAUAUUUGUCAGUUUUGCUGGAUUGGUAUGGACAACAUUUUUAGCUUAUAUAAAAUAUCAAAAAAAUAAAUCUAUACCAAUAGCUGAUAAAACAACGGAUUGAUAAUUAGUGUUAUAUAUUUAUUUGACUGUUAUGCAACUAGGUUUUUGACAUUCUUUGUUAUUAUUGAUUAUUAUUGUUAUUAGCUCUAUAAACUAUUGUUGCCAAAUAUUAUACCUACGUAAAUAUAAUUUAUGUCUGAACUUUUAUCAUUGGUGUAUUUACAGAAUAGAGAAAUAUCCAAUCGACAGACUCAAUAAUACCUUAUACAUAAGUAUUUUUUAUUUGAUAACUAUUCCAGUCAACAUGAUCCAUUUCAUUAUAAUUAAUUUCUCCACCUUAACUCUGCCUUCCAGAAACAUUGUAAAUACACCAUAUAAAUAAUAUAAUAUUUUAAACAACUUUUGCAAUUUGUAUUUUGAAAACUUGCAAUACAUUUAAAAUAUUGGAAAAUUCCUACUUUUGUUACUUGAUGACACUAGUCAAAAAAAUUGUUAUUUAGUUAAAUAAUUUAUACAAUUGCAAUUAUUUAUUUAAUGUUAUAUUAUUAAGCCCAAAUGUCCAAUUGAGGGUUUUCAGUUUAGUAUAAAUGGUGUGACAUUUUACAUUUUUUUAAUGUUCAUAAUCCAUCUUAUAUUAAAAAUGUUCUUAACUGAUUGAAUUUUAAUUAUUUUUGUAUUACCAUUAUUGUAAUGAUUGAAAUCUAGAUAAAAGGGGGAAUUUUUGUUAAUUUUAAUUUUACAUAUUGUAUUUAUUUAUAUGUAUUAUGUAUUAUUUAUAGCUUUUUAUGUUUUUCAAUUAUAU